CCGCUGAACAUACUGCUGUUACAUACUCUACUCCACAUCCAAAAAGAAAACACAAUUCAACUAGGCUCACUGGCAUGUUUCUAUGACAACGCCCCAACCCUAAACUCCUCCUUGAGCCGGCUCCUCCUCUCUCAACUUGAUGACUGUAGCAACUCUGGAGUCAACAAGCUGAAGCUCUUCAACACUGUGAUGUCAUUAUCUGUGGAUGAUUCCAGUCCUGAGCUGCUGCGUGCGCUGGGUCCCGGUGUUACACUGCUUUCCCCUUUCCAUCUCUCCCAGUUCUCCCCCGACGCCCUCAAGGACACCCUGAUGUCACUGGGGUCAGAGGUGAAGUGGGGUCUGACCCAGGCCAAAACACUGGCCAAUAAACUACUGCAGGAGAAGCAGUCGUGGCUGAAAGAGACUCUGUCUGACCUGAUGGACAGCCUACCCAGCCCUCCGGUCCCUAACCCUCCUCAGGAGUUUAGUAGGGGUCCGGACCUCUCAGCCCUGCGAUGGAAACUCUUCUCUCUCUUCACCUCCACAUCUGAAGUAAUGCCCAUGUGCAGGAGAGCAGUUCUCCCUCAGGGGGAGGCGGGCCUUACUGUGUCACUGUUGGAGGAACUGGGCGGAGCCAAUGUCUACUGGAGCCCAGCCCAGCUCUCCAAGAUGGACGCCGGCACAAUCACCGCUGUCAUGGAAAUGCUGGGGGAGGUCCUUGAUUACAGCGCCGAGCAACUAGUUGUGCUUAGAGAGAAGGCCAUCCAGGCCUGGGGUCCAGUGUCAGGUUUGAAUGAGAGCCAGGUGCUCCAGCUGGGCUGUGUCUCUCAGGGGUUCAACCUCACUGAGCUGGCCAGCCUCCCCUUCUCCUCCCUGGACACUCUGGAGACACUUUCCCGCUGCUCCUUGACACAACCACAGAGGGAGGCUGUGUGGAGCGUAUUAAUGAGACAGUGGGAGAACUGGGAGCUGUGGAGUUGGUGGGACUGGACCAGUUCAUCUGUGGUCUGAACACUGAGGAGACUGGUCAACUCAACACUGAUGCCUUCAGGUCAGACAUGGACAGUGCGUGUGUGUUUGUGUAGCGGGUUUCUUAUGUACCACAGGAGAACCAAGAAAUGAAGAGCGACACCACGGCUGUCUUUUAGGCUUUUAUGUUGAUCUGCAAUAGUAUUGUGAAAAGACAGGACAGGAACACAUCAGUCUCAAUGCACCAUCUGACAAGUUGUUCUACACAGGAGCAUGAAGAAAGGUAAAACACAUAUCCUGUCUCACAUCCCCAAUACAUUGCUAGAUGCUUUCAGUGUUGACAGUACCAAAAUACAACAACUCAUGUACAAAAACACUGCAACAUAAACAAGUUACAACGUGAAAUCGCCUCUAUUCCAUUCAGACCGUAGAGGACCAAACUACAUCUCACCAUAAUACAACCCCAGAACCAGCUCAGCUAACCUUCUGCAUCACAGAAAGGCAUGCUAGCUAGCAACAGCAGCACUUUUAGCACUCUGUAAACUAUAUUAAUAACAACAAUACAACUCUGAAAGUUACAUGUUUCAAUAGUCUCACACUCCCAUAUAACAAUAUCUACAGCAUUAACCUUGGGAUGUUUGAUUUAUUUCACGUUAUGGACUUUACAAAGGAGUAAUCUGCAACAUAUACCUUUCUCUCUCAGUGUUUUCUCUGACUGAGGAGAACGGGAGCUACGGGUAGUACCAGGGUGUUAGUAGGUGACACAAGCACCCAGAUGAAAUAAAAUACAUUUAAUGAAACAAAACCCGAAGAUGUUAACAUCAUUCAGCUACUGUAGCUGCCUACCUAACAUCAACAGGCAGCACCAGUAGCGCAACAAUUAAAAAUAGACACCAAAAGUAAAGUUCCUGGCGAUCAUAGCGAUCUGACUCCCCCCUUCUCUCUGAACUUGGAAUAUUCCUGUUCGCGGGCUUUGGCCACUGACCUUCAACCUGGUUGUUCUGUUCUGCGUUGUGUACUAUUCUAAUAAUUUGAAAUUGGAUGGAAUAGCCAUUUUAACUCUCCUACAUUUGCGUGAGAUUGUUUUAUAAUGUGUUAUAUAUCUCUAUAGGGAGGCAGUACAGUCGGUGGGCGAGGUGCAGUGCCCCCUGGCAGUAACAGAGCUUCUGAAGCAGCAAUAUGGCUGGUUUGAGUUUGUCAGAGUUUCUUUCUCUCAGACCCUCUGCCUUCUCAUUCCUCAGUCCGACCAGUGUUCCCCUCAUCCCCCCAGACUGCCUCGUUGCACUCUCAACCAGCCAGCUGAAGGCCCUGGGUCCUGACAAUGCUGCCAUGGUAACUAAUGCACAGUGGGCAGUGCUGGGGGUGGCACAACGGGCCGCUCUUGGCAAUGCUCCGGGUGUGGCCUACGACCGAGUGGCCUAUGACCGCACAGAACCGACUACAAACCCACUCAGAAACCUGCCCCAACUCUCAGGAGCAUCUAUGCUGGGAACUCUGGGAGUUGGAGUCUUUAUGCAGCCCUUGUUCCUACUGCUGGGGUUUGUCCUGUAGUGAAACUACACAUCCAAUAGACACGCAUGACAUAUGGAACUACUCAUGCAUGUGUUGAACAAGGAGAGAUUGUUGAUAAUAUGGCAUAUUUUAACACAUUUAACAGUAACAAAUAUAACUUUAUAUCCUGCUUCUUAAAAAAAAAAAAAAACUAUUCUAGAUUAAGCCAGAGCAGGCCUUGAGCACAUCAAAGCAGAUACCUGUAACAAUGUAAAAGCACUUAUAUUUGUUAAAGAAAUAUGUAUGUAUCUUUGUUGCAAUGGUGGGUCUCUUCUAGUAGGACAAUGCUGGAACAUGACAUAAUGAUGUGUGAGCCAGUGUUCUGCAUUGGUUGUUUUCUGAGAGUUGGGAUCAUAAAAUGAGGAUUAUGGGUGCUAAUCCAGUGCUGACAAGAUUGGAAGUGGAAGACUAAGUUAAUAAUAAAGAUUAUGAACCUA